UAAUGAGCGGAUUCAAACUAUACAGAUCUAGAAUAAUAUUGGCACUAUCCUCUUAGGCUUAUAAGAGAGCUCAUAAGUUAUCAUCAUAAACGUCCACUGAACCUGAAUUUGUUGAUUAGUCUUUAAAUAAACAAAUAAAAUUAAAUGAUUAGAGUUUCAUUAAAAUUUAAUAAAAUGAACAAAAAAUAAUGAAUCAACCAAUAUAAAACAUAGAAACAUAGAAGAUCAAUUCAAAUCUAUAAAAGAAAGAAAUUAAUCCAAUACAAACAUAAGAAAAAUAAGAAAAUAGUAACAUAAAAAUUAUUCUGUAAAAUAAUAACACAAUUAGUCAUAAUAAUUCUAAUAAUAAAAAUGAAACAAUCUCAAAUAUUAUUAUUGAUAAAGAUGUUUUAAUUCAGCCUACAAAGUGUGAAUAAAAAAAAGAACUACCUUUAUUUAAUGGUUAGAAUAAAUUGUAGCCAAAUAAUUCGUCAUAAUAAUAAUAAUAAUAAUAAUAAUAAUAAUAAAUUAAACAAAAUAAUCUUUUAAAGGAACAAAAUAGUAAAGCUUUAAAAAAAGAGAUUAAAUACUUUAAAGCUUGUGGUUUACAUAAUAUUGGAAAUACUUGUUACUUUAAUAGUGCUCUUUAGUGUAUUAUUAAUACACCAAAAUUUAAUGAUAAAUUUUUAUCUGAUGAAAUUAAAUAAGAGUUAAAUCCAAAACAUAAAUCAGUUGCUCUAUAAUAUUGGAAAUUACUAAAGUAAAUGAGAACUACCAAUAAUACCAGUGAAAAUCCAGUUUAAUUGAAAUAAGUUAUCUGUAAAAUUAUAAUUCUUAAUUUUAAGCAAGUUCAACUAAGAAGUUUGGAGGUCAUAGACAAGAAGAUUCCUAAGAAUUUUUAAGAGCACUUUUGACUUGCUUACACGAGGAUUUGAAUAGAAUCACUGGAAAACCUAUUUACAAAGAACUUACCGCAGAUCUUAAUAAAUAAACACUUGAAGAAAUAGUAACAUUAUCAAUUUAUUUAAGUCUAAUACAUGGUUUAAUUACUUUAAAGGAAGAGAUAAUAGUUUAGUAACAGAUUAUUUUACUGGAUAAUUGCUAAGUAGGGUAACUUGUAGUGUCUGUAAAAAUCAAUCUCUAGCUUUUGAUAACUUUUAAGACUUAUCUUUAGCAUUCCCAAAUAUUUCAGGAAAUUAAAUUACCCUUGAAGAUAUGCUAAAAUAUUAUUUAAGUGAAGAAAACAUCAAUCAAUAUACAUGUGGAAAAUGUAGAUAACAAAGAAAAUGUACAAGACAACUUGAAAUAUGGAGAUUACCAGAUAUUUUGGUUAUUCAUUUAAAAAGGUUUUAUUACAAAGGUCCUAUGAAAAAGAAAAUAAACAUAGAUGUUAAAUUUGGAGCCAAAUUAGAUUUGGGUUAAUUUAUUAUUAAUAGUACUGAUAAAUCAACUUUAAAUUGCAAUUACAAUUUAUAUGGUAUUGUAAAGCAUUAUGGAGAUUUAAAUUUUGGUCAUUAUUUUGCGUAUUUAUAUUAUUCAUUAAUUAGAGAAUGCAAACAUCCAUUUACUUUGAAGUGGUAUUAAUUAAAUGAUAGUUCUGUUUAAGAGAUAAAGCCGAAGGUCUCAUACGAAUCCGAUAAUUCAGCUUAUUUAUUAUUAUACAGUCGUAUCUGA